AUGCCGCUGUACAUGAUUCAGUCUCAGCAGCAGCAGCAGCAGUCGGUUGCGUUUCCCGCUGGGAUGGCCAUGUCCAUAGUGAACAAGGCAUCGCCGCCGAUACAGCAGGCGGCGUCUUCGUCCUCGCCGCCGACACCCUCCCCGCUCUCGACAUCGGGUAGUGAGCGAGGUAGAGAAGCCGCAGCAGCUGCACAUCUGAAUAGGCCUCUGUCGUCCGUCUCCGCUCCUGGCGCAUCUGGCGGUGCACUUCAAUCAACGCGCCGAUCUGCUGGAGCUGCCAGUGGCAGUGAUGCGCGGCUCGCAGCAGCGGGCUCCAUUCCUUCCGCCAGCAUUCACGCCGCCGCCGCCGCCGCAGCAGCAGCAGCAGCCGAGGCGCACUCUGCUGGCGUCGCCGGCUCUGUGUUCGUACCGGGCACGGGAACGCCGCCUACCGCUGCUAUCGCCACCACGUCCGCCCCUCCGGGGCCGUCGCAGCUGCCACCACUUCCGCCGCAGGUGCUGACAAUGGCGACGACCGAGGAGACGGCGAAGGAGGCGCAGCGGCAGCAGAUACUCGGGCUCGCCAACGCCCUCCUCACCUUCUGCUCCAUCGGCAACACACGGGUCACAAGUAUUCGCCAAUGCACCUCCAGCUUCUUUGUGUUGCUGUACCAGCGCCUGUUCGACUGCACGAUAGCCGGAAUUGAUAGAUCACCAAACACGGCAGAAAAGCGGCGGCACAACGUGAUGUUGGUGCUGGAGCAGCUCCGCCAACACCCCUACUCGCUCGAAGACAUCGAGGCCGAAGAGGUCGUGAAGCUGAACGAGGACCACAUCAGCCGGCUGAUCAUGGUUUUUGUGCAGGUGGCAGAGGACAUGCGCCAGCAGCAAGAGCUUCAGCAACAGAAGCAGCAGCAACAGGCGGCGAUGGCCACCUCGUCGUCCGCGAUGCUGGCCCAGCAAGACGCAGCUGGCGGGCAGUACUCCCUCCCACACCCAGCCCACGCAGAGGACUUUGACGCUGCCAAGACCACCAGUGGUGCCUACGCGCCGGUAGGCUACAGAGUUGCGGAGGUCAUGUCACCCCCUGCACUGCAGCAGGCAGACUCAGCUGGCACAGGCAGCGGUGGCUAUCACUUCCAGCAGCCGAUGGGCAACUUCUACGUGGCCCCCGCACCGCCGCUGAACGGGUGCCCGGCAAGCGGCGGGGGUAUCAUGGACCCUAGUGGCGGCGGCGGCCCGUACAUGAUUUCUGGCGGAGCGGAGCUCGGCGAGGGGGUGUCGCCGUCUUCUGUCAGCCACUACCUGGACUCCUCCGUCAUGCCCACAGACAACUUGCUGGAGGAGUGGUACCGCAACCUCGUGUACCCGCCAGCGGGUGGGCCAGCGGAGGAGACGGAGAUGAUGUCGGCUGUAGACCCUGGACAUGUGUCCCUCCACGGUGGCUACUCACAGCGCCGUCAUCCUCGAUCGGAUCAGCUUGGACGUGAGGCAGGGGUGUCGCUCACGUCCUCUGGCUCCCCGAUGUACAGAACCAGACAGCAGCUCGCCAGUGCGUCGCCGCCAGAGAGGCGCUCGCCCGUUGGCCAUCAUCGCCAUCACCGCACGCAACUCGACGCUGAUGACAUCGUGUGCCGGUUCCAGCGCCUCGAGGAGGUGCUUGAUGCGCAGGAGAGGCGGCACCGCAAGCCUUUCGUGGACGCCUCCUCGUCCCCGACCGUUCAAGACGGCAGCCUUGCGGAGAGGGGGGCACGGGCGAAUCACCAUCGCCGCCACACAGCACUUCAAUCACCACCGGCGGUCUUCGAUCCACGUGGAGGCGACCUCGCCCCCACAACGGACAAGCGCAGCGCCACCGAUGUCGACAGCGGUGCACUCCCACAGCAGGAAGCACCGCCGUCGGCCCAGCAGCAGCCCGUGCAUUCCCAACCGCCGCUGGAACAGCAUCGCGCUCCAUCGCGCACACCGGCGCACCGGCUUGUUUCGGAGCCUCCGCUGACGCGACAGGAGCGCUACUUUUUCGCCCACCGUCCCCAGCACCGCAUUGACGUCGCGCAGCGAGACAGCAAGAUUGAACGACUGCGAUCGGCUCGCUACUUGGGCGAUAUGCAGCAGCUGCUGCGCCAGCGCAUGCGUCGAGAGUAUGAUACGCAGAUGUCGGCGAUGCGUGGUUCCUUGAAAGAGUCCAUCCGCACUGCGAAGGAGGCAAAAAUCGACCUGAUGCGCCGCGUGCGAGACGAGAACGCGCGCUACCGUGCCGCCUACGCGACUCUCAUGGAGGCGGCGGCGAACGAGGCGCAGGUGCCGGCGAGGGUCAUGUCGCGACACACGGUGCAGCUGGCAGACUACUACGCGACCGCGCUGCAGCGCAGUCUCCUCGUGUGCAACUCACUCAAGCGUGAGACGGACCGUCGCACCAAGAACGAGCUGCUCCGCUACGCGGAAGAGGUGAGCGCGUGGCAACAGCAUCUCCUAGUCUAG